AUGCUCGUUACCAUUGUAGGUGCCGGAUGGAGUGGCUGCCAUCUGGCAUGCGAGCUCUCCAAAGAAGGUCACCAAGUCAUUCUCCUAGAGCGCGAAAGCCGCAUCUUCAAAGGCACCUCUGGGUCCUUUGGCAUUCGUCUCCAUAGAGGCCCUCACUACCCCCGUUCCAAGGCCACUCGCGUCAACUGCCAGAAAAACUUCGAGCGCUUCCGCGACAUGUACGGCGACCUUGUCGUCGACCACGAGUUCUCGCUCUAUGCCAACGGGACCGUCGACUCGCAAAACUUCCCGUCCAAGGUCUCGGAUCAGACCUUCCACAAGGUCUGCAACGAAAUCCCCGGGUGCAAGAAAAUCGACCUGGCCGCCCGCAACUUUGCCGAGAUGGGCUGCGCCUACGACGUCAACGAGCCCAGCGUGGCCAUUGGUGCCCGUGCGCGCUGUCACUUUGAGAAGAAGCUCGAGAAGGCCGGUGUGAGUUUGGUCCUCGGCGCAACGGUCCAGAGCAUCAAGCAGGUCUCCGUGUCCAGCAAACAACGGCCCAACAUGUGCAUCACCUUUCAGCAGCGGAAGUCGUCUGGCCCCGAGAGCCAGGCUGUCACGAUAACGUUCCUGAGCCACGUUGCCAUCAACUGCACUGGCUUCCAGGACUUUGUUCCCGAGGCCGUCAUGAACCAGUCUUCCCCCGUCUACUUUGAGCACACCUACCAGGCGUGCCUGGCACUCAAGUUUCGCGACAACUCGCCCACCUCCACCAAGCCAAUGUCGUUUAUCUGCAUGGACGGCUGGUUCCCGUGCCUGAUGCCGGCCAUUUCCGACACCAAGGACGACGCCACCCCUCACCAAGACUACAUCCUCACCCACGGCGCUUACACCAUCCUGGGCUCCUACGACAGCCCCGAACAGGCGCAGCACGUCCUCGACAAGAGGCUGACCGACGAGCUCGUCUCGGAAAAGAUCCGCGGACCCGCCGAGAGCGAAAUGUGCCGCUUCUGGCCCGAGUUCUCCCGCCGCUUCAGCUACAAGGGCUGGUACGGCAGCGUCUUGGCCAAGCCCAAGUGCCCCACCGAGUUUCGAAGCAGCUUUACCUUUGAGAACCAGGGCAUCAUCCACGUCUUUCCCGGCAAGGUGACCAACGUACUCGACGCGCACGACGAAGUCCUGACCCUGCUGCAAACAAAGGGCGCGUCCAGUCCGUUGAUCAUCGAGGAGGACGGCUGCCGAUUUGUCGCCAAUGGUGUCUUUGGCAAAGGCCGUGCGGAGCUGAGGAAAAAGUGCACGCAAAAGGACCGCAGCACCAGUAGCCUGCAGACGUUGGACGUCAUGGUUGCGGUUUGA